UUGAAAUUCGGAAUCCUUCCAUUCAAUAAGUCCUAAUUUUUCCCUCUUGUCUUGGCCCCUUCAGAUUCUUAGUAGCCAUGGCACAAGGAAAUGACACCAAAGCCACUGACUUCUAUCUUCUAGGAUUUGGGGUCCAGCACGAUACUCAGUAUGUCCUCUUCAUUGUGUUUCUUGUCAUCUACGUGACCUCCAUGGUGGGUAACACUGGGAUGAUCCUUCUCAUCAAUACUAACUCCAGAAUUCAGACCCCCAUGUACUUCUUCUUACAACAUCUGGCUUUUGUUGAUAUCUGUUACACAUCUGCCAUCACUCCCAAGAUGCUGCAGAGCUUUAUUGUAGAAGACUGUUCCAUAUCAUAUACAGGAUGUGUAAUGCAAUUGUUGGUAUAUGCCACAUUUGCAACCAGUGAUUGUUACCUCCUAGCUGUUAUGGCAGUGGACCGUUAUGUGGCAAUCUGUAAGCCCCUUCGCUACCCUAUAAUCAUGUCUCGACAAGUUUGCAUCCAGUUGGUAGCUCUUUCUUAUCUUAUGGGAUCAAUAAAUUCCUCAGUACACACAGGAUUUACAUUUUCAUUGUCAUACUGCAAAUCAAAACACAUCAAUCACUUUUUCUGUGAUGUUGUCCCAAUCAUCACCCUUUCAUGCUCCAACAUUGACAUUAAUAUCAUGCUGCUUAUUGUGUUUGUGGGAUUUAACCUGAUGUUCACUGUGUUGGUUAUUAUCUUCUCCUACAUAUACAUCAUGGCCGCCAUCCUAAAGAUGUCCUCCACAGCAGGGAGGAAGAAAACCUUCUCCACGUGUGCCUCCCACUUGACAGCAGUCACCAUUUUCUAUGGAACCCUCGCUUACAUGUACCUACAGCCUCAUUCUGACAAUUCUGAGGAGAAUAUGAAAGUGGCCUCUGUGUUUUACGGCAUUGUGAUUCCCAUGUUGAACCCUCUGAUCUAUAGCUUGAGAAACAAGGAGGUCAAAGAAGGUUUUAAAGCAAUGAGCACAAAGUUCUUUAGAUUGAAUGCAAAUCCUUAAAAUUGGGAACAUCAAAGUAUCUGAUAGACAUGUGUUACUAUAACUUGAUUAUUCUGAAUCUGAA